AUGGGUUUCUACAAAACGUGUUGGCCUUUCUUAAAGAAAGAGAUUCUUAACUUUGUCAAGGAGUUUCAUGCUUUCUCCGUCCUUCCUAAAGCGGUUACCGCUUCCUUCUUGGCUCUAAUUCCCAAGGUAAAUAAUCCAUUGUCUUUAGACGAAUAUAGACCUAUUUUCCUCAUUAGUAGUAUGUAUCGGAUUUUGGCUAAAUUGUUGGCGUCGAGAUUGAAGAUGGUUUUGGGAAAGCUUAUUUCUACUUGCCAAUCCGCUUUUCUACCUAAUCGUAACAUGUUGGAUGGAGUUCUUGUCUUGAAUGAAUCGUUGGACUUUGCAGAGAGGUUUAACAAAAGGUGCAUGAUGGUAAAGGUCGGUUUCGAAAAGGCGUAUGAUUGUGUGUCGUGGGAUUUUCUUUGGUAUAUGCUUGAAAGGACGGGGUUUGGCGUAAAAUGGAGAAGUUGGAUCGAAGCGCUUGUUUUUAAUAGUUCCAUGUCUAUUUUGGUGAAUGGUAGUCCUACUCGAGAUUUUGAGGUUUUUAAAGGACUUAGACAAGGUGACUCACUAUCACCUUUUCUUUUGUUGUUGGUGGCGGAAGGAUUAUCGGGCAUGGUUAAAGUGGAAUCCUCUCUUGGAGAGUUUAUGGGUGAGGAUUCUUGGAAUAAUCUUUGGAAGUUUAAGGCUAUUCAUAGAGGCUUUGAACUUGCAUCGGGUUUGAAGGUAAACUUGUCCAAAAGUAGACUUUUUGGGGUUAACUUAGAUCCUAGCUUUAUUCAAGCCGCUUCCUCCUUUCUUAAUUGCGAGAUUGGAGCUCCUUCCUCUUUUGUGUUUCUUGGGAUUCCGGUGGCGAUCAAUCCUAGAAGAUGUUCGACUUGGAGACCAAUUGUGGACAAACUAAGGAAGAGAUUAGGUGGAUGGCAUCACAAACACUUGUCAAUAGGAGGGAGAGUGGUGCUCUUGAAUUGCGUCUUAUCCAGUAUCCCGAUUUUCUUCUUUUAUUUCUACAAAGCUCCUAAGGCUAUUGUAAAGGAGAUUAUUGCCAUACAAAGAUCUUUUCUUUGGGGGGUGAGGAGGGAAGGAAGAAGGUACGACGAUAUCAAGAAAGCUAUGCUCAUGGCUCCGUCUUUUAAUUCGAGGAGGAAUUCUUCCCUUUGGUGGAGGGAUCUUUGUUCGGUAGGUGCGGAUUCUUCAAUCACUUCUUCAAAUUGGUUCGCUUCAUCUAUCUCUCUUAAGCUCGGAUCGGGUUCUUUCAUUCUUUUUUGGAUUGAUUGUUGGUUGUGUAACAAUCCGCUUAGCACUAUGUUUCCGGAGUUGUUCUCUUUAGCCGAAGAUUCUCGUUGCAAGGUGAUGGACAUGGGUUUUUGUAAUGGAGAUAUUUGGAGUUGGCAUUUGACAUCUUUUAUUAGACCCAUGGACCGGGUAGCCGCGGCACAGUUUGAAGAACUUCGGAUUCUUCUCGUUCCGGUUCACCCCUUUAGCUCGGAAUUGGACGGUUUCAAGUGGUGGCGUCAUGCUUCCGGUUUUUCGGUUAGUAAUGCUUAUGAUUCUUUCUCCUUGUGUGUUGUUCCGUCAUUCUCUUUGGAACCUUCUUUACGAUUAGUUUUCUCUAGUCUUUGGAAGACCAAAGUUCCUAGUAGAAUCCUUAUUUUUGGUUGGAGAUUGAUUUGGAAUAGGCUUCCAACUAAGGUUGAUUUAGCAAAACGGGGCAUUUUAGCUAAUCCAAAUGAUAUUCGUUGUCCCUUUUGCCCUAAUUUUGAGGAAGAUCUUAAUCAUCUCUUCUUUGAGUGUUCUUUUAAUAAUCUUUGGUGGAGGAAACUUCUUAGUUGGUUGUGUUUGGUUGACGAUUCCGCGGUUGAUUCGAUAGUGGGUUGUCUUUGUUGGUUGGAGGAGCAUUGUGGUAAAGCGGGGGGUAUUGGUUUGAAGUGGUUCUUCGGUCUAGUCUUUUGUUGGAUUAUGUGGAUUUGUAGGAAUGAUGUUAUUUUCAAUGGCUUGGAUGUGAACUCCUUUGAUGGUUUAUCUCUCAUGAAAGCCCUCUCUUGGGAUUGGUUUAGUGUUUUCUUUAAGAAUUAUUGUAAUAGGUCUCGGGAGGAGUGGUUCCUAGACCCGGGAUUUUUUUGUUGUAAUUUUGGUCGGAUUCUUUGUUGUUGGGUUGGUUUGUGUGUGAUACACCGACCGAUUUUAUUUCUCUUUGUAUUUGGGUUAAGCACCCCUAGUGCUUUUUAA